ACACCACCUGGACCCCAGCUCGGCCCUGCACAGGAGUAAGGUUGGACGGGAGAAGAUGGACGGCAUGCUGAGGAACGACUCGCUUAGCUCCGACCAGUCCGAGUCUGUCAGGCCGCCCAGGCCGCACCGCGGUCGUCACCGCACGGGCAAGCUCAGGGCCAUGGGCAGCUUCAGCAGCUCUGAGGAGGAACUGGCAACCACACCCGAGUACACCAGCUGCGAGGAUGUGGAGCUGGAGAGCGAGUCCAUCAGCGAGAAAGGAGAUAUGGAUGGUCACUGGUGGGACCAUGCGUCUUGGCAUAGUGAGGCCUCCCCUAUGUCUAUGCACCCGGUGACAUGGCAACCGUCCAAAGAUGGGGAUCGCCUAAUUGGGCGGAUUUUGCUCAACAAGCGCAUGAAGGAUGGCACGGUGCCCAGAGACACCGGCGCUCUGCUGGGCCUGAAGGUGGUCGGUGGGAAGAUGACAGAAUCCGGUAGACUUUGUGCUUUCAUCACCAAAGUGAAGAGGGGAAGUUUAGCAGAUACUGUUGGCCAUCUUCGACCAGGCGACCAGGUUCUCGAGUGGAACGGCAGGGUCUUGCAGGGAGCCACGUUCAAGGAAGUUUACAAUAUUAUUCUGGAGUCCAAGCCCGAACCCCAAGUGGAGCUGGUGGUCUCGCGGCCCAUUGGUGAUAUUCCCAGAAUACCAGAGAGCACACAUGGACAGCUUGAAUCAAGUUCAAGUUCCUUUGAAUCCCAGAAGAUGGGCCCGUCCAUCUCGGUCACGUCCCCCAUGAGCCCCGGCAUGCUCCGUGACGCCCCGCAGUAUCUGUCUGGACAGCUUUCAAGUCCAUGCCUUAGUAGAAGAACCACGCCUUUUGUCCCUAGGGUCCAGGUGAAGCUGUGGUACGACAAAGUGGGACACCAGCUCAUCGUCACCAUCCUGGGAGCCAAAGACCUGCCUGCUCGGGAAGACGGCCGGCCCAGGAACCCCUACGUCAAAAUAUACUUCCUUCCUGACAGAAGUGACAAAAGCAAGAGGAGAACGAAAACGGUGAAGAAGUCGCUGGAGCCCAAGUGGAACCAGACGUUCAUGUACUCCCCCGUACACAGGCGGGAGUUCAGGGAGCGCAUGCUGGAGAUCACGCUGUGGGAUCAGGCCAGGGUGCGCGAGGAGGAGAGCGAGUUUCUCGGAGAGAUUCUAAUAGAGCUGGAGACGGCGCUGCUGGACGAUCAGCCUCACUGGUAUAAACUCCAGACCCACGACCUUUCCUCCCUGCCUCUACCCAACCCCUCACCGUACAUGCAGAGACGACUGCUGCAGGGAGAGACCAACACACGCAGGCUGCAGAGAUCACAGCGAAUCAGCGACAGUGAAUUCUCUGACUAUGACUGUGAAGACGGCAUUGGCGUCAUAUCAGAUUACCGGCACAACGGCAGGGACUUCCAGAGCUCUACUCUAUCUGUUCCUGAGCAGGUCAUGUCGUCCAAUCACCGCUCCCGAUCGGACAUGAUCCGCUCUCGCUCUCGCUCGCCCAGCGUCCCUCCCCCACAGAGUCGAAGUUUAGACCACGGCGUGCGAGGAGCACCAUCUCAGUACAGCCCCCGCCAUCGACUCUCGGAAGACAGAUACUCUCCCGAUAGGUAUAGCCGUGGCAUGGUGGACAGACAUUACAGGUCCAGGUCAGCUGACCAGCGGGCCAUGAUGGAGAGACCGGUCUACAUGCGCUCGCGCUCUUCUGAGCGUCCGGAAUCGGGCUACAUGAGGUCCAUGCCGUCUUUACACUCCAGGAGAUCAGCCCCUCCCUCUCCUGCCUUAACGAGGGCGAACCCCCGCACCGGAUCAGUCCAAACCAGUCCCACGAGUACCCCCGUGUCUGGACGGAGAGGACGGCAGCUACCGCAGGUCCCUCCAAAGGGGUCUAUGGACAGAAAUGGUGGAGAGGGAGUGUCCGAGCCUUAUGAAGGUUCUCUGAAGGAUCCGUCCAGGCGAGGGAUGGACAGUCUGUCCAUGAAGUCGUCGGACAGUGAUGUAAGCGACGUGUCCGCUAUGUCGAGCGCGUCUCGGCUUAGCAGCGCGAGCUACAUGUCUGUCCAGUCUGAGAGGGCGCGGGCCACUCGCAGGAUCAGGGCUCAGACGGCGACCCCCGGGUCCAACAUCACCAAGAGCUCCAGCGUCGGAGGGGACAUGUGUUCGCUCGGCCGAAACGACGACGACGAGGACGACAAGAAGAGGCGUUCCAGCUUCGGGGCCAAGAUGGCCGCCAUGGUGGGACUGGGGAAGAAGAGCCAAAGCACCUCGCAGCUGGAUCCAGAGGAGGAAGGAAAGAAGAAGAAGCCGGUGCGUCUGGCCAUCCAGAGGAGCGUGGAGACGGGCUUGGCCAUCGAGAUGAAGAGCAGGAUGACUAGACAGCCCAGCAGAGAGACGGCCGAGGAGGGAGAGAAGCCCAAGCCUGGAAAUCUCAUCUUUCCCGGUGUAAAGAUCUCCACAGACAGCCAGUUCACAGAGUUUUUGGAUGGCUUAGGCCCCGCCCAGCUUGCCGGGAGACAGACGCUGGCCACGCCUCCAAUGGGUGACAUCCAGAUUGGGAUGGUGCACAGAAAGGAGCGGCUGGAUGUGGAGGUGAUUCGGGCCAGAGGUCUGGUGGGCAAACCAGGAAACAAGCAGACUCCAGCACCCUAUGUUAAAGUCUACUUACUGGAUAACGGGAAAUGUAUCAACAAAAAGAAGACGCGGCUGGCGAGGAAAACGCUGGAUCCUCUGUACCAGCAGCAGCUGCAGUUUGAGGAGAACCCAGAGGGAAAAGUCUUACAGAUCAUCGUGUGGGGCGACUACGGACGCAUGGACCACAAGUCCUUCAUGGGCGCCGCCCAGAUCCUUCUAGACGAUUUAGAGCUCACCAACAUGGUGAUCGGCUGGUAUAAGCUCUUUCCUCCCACCUCGCUGGUGGACCCCACUCUGGCCCCUUUGAGCAGUAAGCCCCCGGAGGGCGCCGUGGAGAGCUCCAACGUUCGCUCGUAGCAGCGGCAAGGCCAGACUAGCGGUCAGCAGCGGGAAGACUGAGACAGAGGGGAGGAAUCAGGGCUGGACGCUCCGCGCCCUGCGUCCACUGCAUGCUUCAUGUUGCGUCCUCUGAGCCCCGUGGGACGGGAGGCUGAGAAAAAGGCCUGCGUUCCUUCUGCCAAAAGAGAAACGAGAAAAGAGACGAGAAAAAGGGAAACACUGUAUCCGUCACAUGGGGGAGACGCUGGAGCCCGACGUCCGCGCGCAAAGCAGCGGGGCGUCCGGCCAGAGGGCUUCGGUGGAGCUCAGAGGUGGAUGACCACAUGGAUGUCGAGAAGGGGAGCUACACAGAUCUGAUGCUCUACAGAAUGAGUUCUACAGAAGCCCUGUUUUUUGGGGGGGGUAAAAAAAAGGGGGGCUGUUUGUAUUCGAAGGGAUGUCAGUGUUCUUAACCCAGAGCUUUUUUCUUUGGUAAGUUUGAGCCGUGCCUGCAAGCCAAGCUCUGAAAACGAGGACAAACACACAAAAAAAAGCCAUGUGGAUGGACCACCAGCAGCUGGCUGAGGUUGGCUGGCAGUCAGAGAAAAGAGGAGCGCCUGGAAGAAAAGAUCAGAAGUACUGUACUUAUUUCAAGUCGAGCCACAUCAGACGAAAUGAUGUUCCACGUCCACCGACGACAGUAUGAAUAUCGCCACAGUUUCCCAUUUUGAUAAAGAAAAAAAAAGAAAAGAGAAAAUCUGAAAACGUAACAGGACUUUUUCGUGCUCCGGUAUGACGCUCGUUUUGGUGAUGUACUGUAUGAAAUUCAUGAAAGAAUUUUAUUUCAUUUUUUUGUUUUUUUGCAUGGAUGCAGAGUUAGCUGUACUGAAAAAAAAAACGAAAGAUUAUUUUCAUCAAGGCUGCAACUUGCAAAAAAAAGGGAGAAAAAAAGGAGUAAAAAAUGAACAGAUCAGCCAUUUUCGACAGUUUAUAUUAUUUUAAUAUAAAAUUCUCUAGUGCAUGGUUUUCAAGGAGAGUGAAUGCAACAAACAUAAAGAUGUGAUUGUCAUCAUUAGAUCAUGCUUCUGUAUUUUUACAGAUAUCAGUUGCAGUGUGGCCUGGGGAACCUUCCUGUCUCGUGAAAAAAAAGAGAAAAAAAUAACAAAAGAGACGAGUAAGGGGUCUCAGAUAAACGGACUGAAACUAUCCGUUUCCAUCCGAAGGCGUAAGCACGCCUUACAUCCGUCAUUAUGUGCAAAUUGUACAUCUCUCUCUCUGUCUGGUGGUGGAGAGAGGCUGCCAUGCUGAUUGUGUCCACUGGGGGGCGCUGCAGAGCUGUAGCUUAUUUUACAGCUUUGUUUUCAGGCCCGUUUCUCCACUCAUUCAUCCAAACCAGGCAUGUUGAAUAGAAGUCUGCGACAUGGCUCGAGCCACACCCUCCCCGAACUUCAGCAUGUCUCUGAAUGGACAGAGUGGUGUGGUUUUGUGCGGUUUUUCGUGUACAGUGCAUGUGGACCCUCAUUCUUACCGAAGCCCGGUCAGCGCAGGGCUUCAUGGCCAACGGUUCAGAAAUUCAGCAAAACAUUCCACCUCCUGUUUCCUUUCAGAUCAAAAAUAAAAAAACAAACAAACGUGGGGAAACAAUAAAAGAUAAUUUUAUAUUUAACGGAGGUCGACUAGGAGAAAACAAAUAUGUAAGGUUGCAAGUAUAUUUUAUUUUGAUAUUGUUAUAAAGAAAGAUAAAAGAAAAAAAAAAACAGGGCCCAUUGGAUGGUGCAGUAUGUGGACUCUGGAGACCCGACUUGAGCUCGUUGUGAGUUUUAACACAACACACACUGGAACGAGUGGAACGAGUGGAACACACUGGUCUGUGGAAACGGAGAGAAUUGCCACAAUAUGAAUUUUUAAUUGUUUUCUUGUUUUGAGAAAAUAAAGUUCAUUUACUAUC